AUGACAUUCCUCCGCAGGUUGCAAUGGAACGACUCCUCCGUUCUCAUCCAUCCCCCCGGGUUCUACAUCAUCGGCUUCACCUCCCUGCCCUUUGUCAACCUCUAUUUCAUCUUCCUCACUUUCGUUUACGUGGUGUCGGUCGUGUUCAACACAUGUGUGAUCUAUAUAAUAUCCGUGGACAUUCGCCUCCACAAUCCCAAGUAUAUCGCGGUUGGUAACCUCGCGGUGGUUGAUCUGGUGCUGAAUACGUGCAUUAUUCCCGGUAUGCUAAAGGCGUUUCUUGCUAAGAACAAUUUUGUGCCGUUUAAUCUGUGUAUGGUACAGAUGUAUGUGUAUUAUUCCUUCAUAUGCAUGGAAUCGUUCUCCAUCGCCGUGCUCGCCUACGACCGUAUGAUCGCCAUAUGUUUCCCUCUGAGGCACGGCUCCAUCAACACCAUGACGAGUAUGUCGUGUAUUCUCGGUGUCAUCUGGUGCUUCUGUCUUGGUAUACCGAUAUUCAGCACAGCCAUUAUGACCAGGCUGUCCUACUGCGAUUCCGUUAAUGUCUACAGCUAUUUCUGUGAUUACGCACCAGUGUUUCGGCUGGCAUGUAACGACAACACCCUGCAAUGGGCUGUGGCUUCAGUUCUGAGCCUGGUUAUCCUCCUCGGCCCACUGUCCUUCAUCAUUCUGUCAUACAUGAGUAUUCUAAUCGCUGUGUUCAGGAUGAAAAGCGUUGAGAGUCGUGUGAAAGCGCUGGCCACCUGCACUGAGCACCUCAUUCUAGUGGCAGUAUUCUUCUUUCCGGUUCUGACUAUUUUCAUGGUUGGGUUAUUAGCGCGCAUCAAACCAGACCCUGACCUGCGCGUACUGAGCCUGUCGCUGGCCUCGUGCAUCCCGCCCUGUCUCAACCCCAUCGUCUACUCUCUGAAAACUAAAGAGAUCAAGAACAAAGUGCUCACCAUGUUCAGGAGAAUUAAAGUUCAAGUAGUUAACGAUUGA